ACUCCGGCGUGUUCGGCUCUGAAGUUUCGGGGCUUCAGACGACGGGCCAAAGUGCCACCUCCCCCACCGUGUACGGAGUGGGCGGGGCUCCGGGCGGCGCCGUCGGCUCUCCGGGGCCGAAACGCAGCGGCUCUGGGACCGGGAACACGCUGAAGCGCUGGCUGACGAGUCCGGUCCGACGGCUGAGUCAGGGGAAAGCUGACGGACAGAAGAAACCUCCAAUCAGAACCAGGAGGCGGGACAACAGGCCAGAGGUGACCACGCCCCUCACCGGCAACGCACAGACGAAGGCGAGGAAGGAGGGGGCGGGGCAGAGCGGAGGGGAGGAGGAGCCAGAGGAGGAGAGCAGCACGCCGCUGCCGCCUCCCAUGCAGAUCAUCAAAGACCCAAACAACCCCGAGGCUCUGGAUUCAGAUCAGGGCUCCAACGAGUCGGACACGGAGCAGAGGAACAAAGCGCUGAGAGGACGCAUGUUUGUGGUGAACGAGAUGAUCCAAACGGAGAAGGACUAUGUGAAGGAUCUGGGUGUGAUUGUCGAGGUGAGACACCGACUUUAACCGAACGUCGAGUUUAAACGAUUAAAAACAGGAAGUGUGAUGAAAACAAACGGCGUGUGUGUGUCUCAGGGCUUCAUGUCCAGGCUGGAGGUCAGAGGGAUCCCAGAGGACAUGAGGGGGAAAGACAAGAUCGUCUUCGGAAACAUCCAGCAGAUCUACGACUGGCACCGCGAGUACGCAUCAAACGCACACACACACAAACACACGUUAUAAACACAC